AAAUAUGUAAGUGAGCAGAAUAAAACGAGAUUUUUCUCUUUUCUUUAUAUUACAGGUUAAGCAGCAUUGCAAAGCUGCAGUACUGAAAAAAUAAUCUAUGGAGGUGUACACUGUGGUACACCAAGUUAAAUAUCUAAAUGCCGGUCAGGGCUACAGCAUAUUCUCCAUAUAGUAACCUGGCAGGAAAUGGCCCACAUGACCAUCUGUACAGCCCAGCUCUCACCUCUCAGGGCAGUUAUGUAAGGGCUGCUGGUGUUUCAGGAAAGGGGUGGGGGAGAUGAGACAAGAUGUGGGAGAAUCCACCUCAUUAUAGCCAAAGAUGUUAAGCAUUGAGGGUGUGAGUGUUAUUCUCAUGAGCUGACACAAAUGAACAUGCUGUUGUGUUGAAUGCGCAUAGAGUAACUGAACAAUUUCAAGCACCAUCGGAGAUUUGAUUCUGUAUUUGAGGGGAAAAUAGUUGCAAUAAAGAAACUGAGAAACCAUGUUGUAUAUGCUGAUUUUCACUGAAUGCUGCGCUGUCAGAAUAUUCUUCAGGAUUUUGUAGAUAGGUAGUGAGGUACCAUGCACCCAAAGACUCUUUGUACUGUCCUCCAGUAUGUUUGGCAUGGGUUUGAUAAGGCUGUUAACAGUAUGUAUCAGUAUGAAAGAAAAUAUAUUUUUUUAUCUGUCUGUGUGAAUUGCAGGUGCACGGCAGACAGUACACCAUGUACAAAGCAAAGCAACAGGAGCUCUUGAAAGAGACUAUCUGUGAUGAAAGGGCUGCCUGCAGCAUUUCAAAGCAGAAAGUUCAUUUCCCAUUUCCCAUCCAGCCACAUGGACUAAGCUCCACUGUGCCGAGAGAACAAGAAUAUCCUCACUCAGAGAGCGGCAACUCCAACAGCAAUCUGAGGACAGACAACUUAAGGACCUCUGCCGCUGAGCAAGGACUUGUAAACCCACUGCGACGGACACAGACAUCACAGCCUGUUGGUUCUCAGUGAAUCCGAGCUCUGAUUCAGAGGGACAUUUUGACACUCCUGAAGCAGCAACUCCUGUCCGCGCCCCUCCGACCAUCCCAGGAGAGCUGGAGAACAGCAAUGCUGAUGCAGACAGAACAGACCUGGAUCAGGAUGAGCACCUGAUAGUGACUGUUCCUUUUGAGGAUCAGGAUAUUUUGGUCAGCCAUAACAUGGGUCAGGAUGAGCCUGUGGUCCCCAUGGAUGGCUCACUGGAAAUAACCAUUCAGAGGACAGAAGCAGAACAAAUGGAUAGUCCUCCAGAAGCAGAACAAAUGGACAGUCCUCCAGAAGCACCAGGCUCUGUGCCAGCUCUAGAUUCAUUUUCAAUGCAGGCAACUCCAGAAGUAGCUAAAUGCAUGGCACCAUCCUCCGAGCCAUCUCAAGAUUCAACCCCAGUCUUAGUCAUAGGUCCUGUCCUGGAUCUGGCUCCAGUUCCUUCUCUUGCUCCAAUCCUAGAAGCAGACUUAAUUCAGAGCAAUGAACCUGUAGCCUUCUCAGCUCCAGAUCCCCCUGAGGAGGAGAAAAUUCUUGAUAAGCAGCAACCAGAAUGCAAUGCUCUCCACAACCAGACAGAACCUACUCAAGAGACUAAAACCAGCAAAUCCAAGCUGAAAAUGAAGGCCUCACUGAAUGAGCUUGCGCAAACAAAUGAGGAACAAGAACUUCCUGUUCCCAAAGCCACAUACAACUUUGACCUUGAUCAGUUGGAUGACAGCUUUAACCCCUUCACCAGCAGCGGAUCUAAAAUCCAGAACUCUCCCCCUCCAUGCAGCACAAGCUCUCUCCCCAGACUUGAGUCACUUGGCAACUCAUUGCCUGUCUGUGAGACCAGCACACCAGCUCCAGUAGAAUUAGAGAUGGUGCCAUCAUCAUCUGAGGCGAAGCCUGUGGUGCUGGAGUUCGGCCUAGACGAGGGGAUGGUCAGCAAGCCACCUCCACGGAAGUUAGGUGGAAAGAAGUCUAUCAGCAAGCUCACAGCUAAGAAGCAGAAGGCAAAAGUAUCAGAGGGUUCCUGCAAACCUGCAUCAGAACUCACAGUACCAGAACCAGAUUCUCAACCAGUACCAGAACCACUUUUCCAGUCAUUAUCAGAACCUGUUUCAGAUCCAGUUCUAGAAGCUUUGCCAGUUUCCAACUCUUCUGUGCCACUGAACCUUGACGAUGUUCCUAUCCCUAAAAAAGGAACGUAUAACUUUGAUCCCAGUCAGUGGGAUGACCCAAAUUUCAAUCCGUUUGGUAGCAAUAACAAUAUGAGCAGCUCUCCAGUGCUCCCCAAGGGUUCCUACAGCCUUGACCCAGACAAUUUUGAUGACUCUGUGGACCCGUUUAAACCUUCCAAAAGCCUGACCAUCGAGGACUCAUGUGGUAGUGCCACUCAGCCUAUGAAAAAAGUAAAAGAUGGAGGCAAACAGAAAACGGUGCAUCCACCAGGGGAGAAAAAAGUGAGGCAAAUUCCCAAGAAAAGCAAAGAGAGGACUAUCACGACAUCUGAACAAGUCAAGUUUCUCUGUUUUCUGUUGAAUUCCUGUAAAGUACAGAAAUAUGAUGAAAGCCAGUCCUUGGUGCUUGAUGUGUGUAGCCAGGAGCAGGAUGAGGUGGUGGUUCAGACUGCAGAGAUCAGUCAUCGAGUUCAUCAUGCCACUGAUGAGGAGAAGCUGGCUUCCACUAGCAUCAUGGGCCAGAAAACGGACAGCCAGGAGGAGAGAGGAGAACCUGAAUGCAAUAAAGCACCAGCGACAAAACAGCAAGUCAGCGACAUAUCUGUAACAGAUGUUCUUGAGACCAAGAUUGCAGAUCACCUGGAGGGGAAGGGCACAUGCAGUCUGAAAGAUGAUAUAGGCGAGAUAUCCAUGAAGCAAACAACAAAAGAGACCACCAUUGAGGCCACAGAUAUUGCAGCCCUGACCCUGGACAACGUACCUCUGAGUGAGAUGGACAAGGCAGCAGUUCUCACACUGAUCAGAGAGGAGAUCAUCACUAAAGAGAUUGAGGUCAAUGAGUGGAAAAGAAAGUAUGAGGAGUGCCGAGCAGAGGUUUUUGAGAUGAGGAAAAUAGUUGCAGAAUAUGAAAAGACAAUUGCACAAAUGAUUGAGGAUGAGCAGCAGCAGCAGAAAAGCCUGUCCUGUAACAAGUCAGUCAGGCAGUUGACCUUAGAGAGGGAUCAGGCCUUGACUGAACUCAACUCAGUGGAGUGCUCCUUUGCUGACCUCUUCAGGAGGUAUGAGAACAUGAAGGGAGUCCUGGAGGGCUUCAAGAAGAAUGAGGAGGUGCUGAAGAAGUAUGCACAGGACUAUUUGAUGCGGAUCAAGCAGGAGGAGCAACGGUACCAAACCCUUAAAGUGCAUGCUGAGGAGAAACUGGACAAAGCCAAUGAAGAGAUAGCUCAGGUACGAGCCAAGGCCAACGCUGAGAGUGUCGCACUGAACGCCAGCCUCAGGAAGGAGCAGAUGAAGGUGGAGUCACUUGAAAGAGCUGUCCUUCAAAAGAAUCAAGAGAUUGAGGAGCUCACCAAGAUCUGUGAUGAACUAAUCGCCAAACUGGGUCCAGAAUAAGAGGCCUUUAAUCAAACUCUCACUGCAACAUGCGAUGUAAAUGCUGUGCAUGAACAAAAUUACAUUAACCAAGAACCACAGAGAAAUUAUGAGGUGUAUUUGAAGGAAUGAUUAUGUUCCACACGCAAUUUAUUGAUUUAAAGAAUCAUUAAGUGUUUAAUCCAUUUUCAAAGACUGAUCCUCAGCCAGUCUGUUGUGCCACAGAGAAUUUCUAUUACCAUUUUCAGCAGCAUGAUUCACACAAAACUGAAGGAAAUAAUGUGGGAACUAAGAGAAAGAAAUGUGCUCAGACAUGAUUUACCACAGCACAUCUACAGUGGAAUUAGAUGCAGUCUUCAGAAAUGACAGUUCUCUCUAUUGGGUGCCUGAACUGAUCAUACUCUAGUAGCUUUUUGUUUUCAUAAACUGUAAAUAUUUUUGCUGCCAUUCGUUUCUUUUGUGAUGCAGACAGUUUAGUUCAACUGGUUAUCUUAGGGAGCAUUUAUUGAGUUGCCUUUGAGUCUUGUUUCAGAGAGUGACCUACACAGUUUGUGAUCAAAUCCUCAAUUCAGUUUUGCAGAUUUUGAAGUCAAACAGCAUGCUGCCAUAAAAUCAACAACCAGCAAUGGUGGGGAUGAAUGAAGUAGUAAAAAUUUUACUCUUAUUAUACUGUAAUAUUAAAUCAUGUGCCAUGUUUCUCUCACUCUUCGAUUAAGUGUAGAAAGGUUGGAAGCAUAUUUUGCUUGUUCAUAUUUUCACUAUGAACUCAGAUGAGGCUAGUGUGCCUUUCUUUUGUCUGUUUUGUAAAAACUAUGGUGAUUUUCAGACUAAGUUGCCAAAGUGUACUGUAUCCAGUUUAUUUCUUUUAUGAUCAAACUGAACAACAGUGAGUUAAAGUGAGUUUGCUUGCUUACUUGCAGUAAUAGAUCAUUGAGUCAUGUGUAUACAUGACUGGCUACAUUACUGUGUUUUGGGAGAAGAUGCUCAUUGACAGAAGAAGCACACAAGUGAGUAUUCAGUCAGAUAUACUGUAAAGCACAAGUUCUUUUGGACGUCCAUCAGCACAAUCCAUUGCCAAAUGUCAUUGUAAAAUGAAAUGGGUUUCAGUUGUCUGUGUCCUGUUGUAGUGGUGUUUCAGUGCAUUCGUUUGAAGGUGCUUUUCAAUGCAAAUCUAUUAUUACAGUACAAUAUGUGUAAAUUUUAUACUUUAUGAAAACAAUAUUCAGAAUUUAGUUCUUAAUAUUUGUAAAACUGAAGAAUUAAGUAUACUCAGAUUGUAUGUUAACUGCUAUAUUUUGUGCAUUU